CCACAUGGGUACAAUGUGUGAAGCCCAUUUCUGGUGUCCCCCGCCGUGAUGUUGCUGGAAUAUUGCUAAAAGCGGCGUAAAACCAAACUCAGUCAGUCAGUCCUUUGAAAGUUGUAUCCUCAUUUCUUAUAAAGGAUAUCUAAAUAUAGCAAGCUUAACGGCAAAGUGUACAUUAGUCUAUUACAUCACAAGGUCAGUGAUAAGGCACCUGUAAUUUCUGUCUGUUUACAUUCAUCUCCUCCUUGAAAACAGCUUGAAGAACUGAGCCAUCAAUGCAAUACCAUUCAAGAUUAGUUGAUAAUAACAUUUCUUACAACAAUGACAAAAAACCCACCUAAAAUCUUUAAAACAUCUUCUACAUUGAAAUAAUGUCUGGGAAUCUGAUGGAUAUAAGUAGCAAGGCAGUUGGAUUUGCAUGUUCCAGUAUGUGAAAAACAAAAAUAUAAAGAAUCUUGAAAGAGGACGACCAAGUCCAGAGCGAUACAAGAAAACUUUUCAGAAUAUCUGAAUGAUCAAGCUGAAGAUUUGUGUAGAUGACAGUGCUUAUGAGUUUUCUUAGCAUUGUUUAAGCACUUUCAUCUGAAUUGAACCUUGGCAAGUUUUAUAACACCUUUUGACAGUGAAUGUCAUAAAUCUGUCAGUUUGCUUUCCCGAAUACAGUGAAACUUUACAAUUGUAACCAUAUAAUAAGAGAGAAGGAUAUUUCUUUCAGAUCAUAUUACCAUUUCACAUUGAACAGACCACAUUAUCAUGAUUUCAAGUCAGAUAUCAUACUUUCCUUACUUCUCUACUUUCAGCUAACUUUGAAUAUACCUGGUGAGUACCGGUUAUAUUAAAAUGUAAUACUCUGGUGGCCAAACAGUCAAAAACUCAUCUCUGUGUAGCAUUUAUUGACCUGGACGUGCAAGGAAAAUUCAUAGGUAGAUACAGGGUUAGGACUUUGUUUUAAAGCUGUACUGCAUAUGUGACAUGUCUUUACUUCCACCAAACAUGUCUUAAGUUGGGCGUUUGACAUCCUGAACUACUGGUGGAACUACUUUGAAAAAAACAAGUGUUUUGUGAAAAUCCAUGAAAUGUAUAAUUUGUCCUUAAUUUGAAAGAAUGUUUCUGUGUGUGUUUUGCUUCUUCAGUACAUGCUGUAUGACAUAGCAGAAUACUUUUAGUGCAAAUACUAGUCUCAUGGGAUACACAUUUCCACUGCCCACAGCUUCUGUGAGUGUACUACACUCAUGGGACACACAUUUACACUACUGCUCUCAUGGGACACAUAUUUACACUACUUCUCUCAUGGGAUACACAUUUCCACUGCCCACAUAUUUACACUACUUCUCUCAUGGGAUACACAUUUCCACUGCCCACAGCUUCUGUGAGUGUACUACACUCAUGGGACACACAUUUCCACUACUGCUCUCAUGGGACACAUAUUUACACUACUUCUCUCAUGGGAUACACAUUUCCACUGCCCACAGCUUCUGUGAGUGUACUACACUCAUGGGACACACAUUUACACUACUUCUCUCAUGGGACACAUAUUUACACUACUUCUCUCAUGGGAUACACAUUUCCACUGCCCACAGCUUCUGUGAGUGUACUACACUCAUGGGACACACAUUUCCACUACUGCUCUCAUGGGACACAUAUUUACACUACUUCUCUCAUGGGAUACACAUUUCCACUGCCCACAGCUUCUGUGAGUGUACUACACUCAUGGGACACACAUUUACACUACUGCUCUCAUGGGACACAUAUUUACACUACUUCUCUCAUGGGACACAUAUAUACACUACUUCUCUCAUGGGAUACACAUUUCCACUGCCCACAGCUUCUGUGAGUGUACUACACUCAUGGGACACACAUUUACACUACUGCUCUCAUGGGACACAUAUUUACACUACUUCUCUCAUGGGAUACACAUUUCCACUGCCCACAGCUUCUGUGAGUGUACUACACUCAUGGGACACACAUUUCCACUACUGCUCUCAUGGGACACAUAUUUACACUACUUCUCUCAUGGGACACAUUUACACUACUGCUCUCAUGGGACACAUAUUUACACUACUUCUCUCAUGGGAUACACAUUUCCACUGCCCACAGCUUCUGUGAGUGUACUACACUCAUGGGACACACAUUUACACUACUGCUCUCAUGGGACACAUAUUUACACUACUUCUCUCA